GCGCAGGCGGCCGAGCCGAGUCGAGCUUAGCCGUAGCCGAAGAUGGCGGCGUGCGGACGUGUUCAGCUCCUGCUGCUGCUGACGGCCCAGUUCUCUUGCGUGUUUCUCACACUGGGGCUCAGACCGCAGCCGAACGUCAACCUCCAUCCUCCGCUUAUCGCCAUUAACCGGCAGCUUAAAGCCGGAGCCGCCUCGUCGGUGUCUCAGCCCCGGAGAGCCAGCGGCUGGAGGCUGGCCGAAGAGGAGGCCUGCCGGGAGGACGUGAGCCGGCACUGCCCCAAACACACCUGGAACAAUAACCUAGCCGUGCUGGAGUGCCUGCAGGACACGAAGGAGGAAAUUGACAUUUCCACAGACUGCAACCAUUUGCUGUGGAACUAUAAAUUGAACUUGACUACUGAUCCAAAGUUUGAGUCUGUGGCAGUUGAAGUGUGUAAAAGCACCGUAACAGAGUUUAAAGAAUGUGCAGAUGAGGAGAGAGGUAAAGGCUAUCUGGUGUCCUGCCUGGUGGAUCACCGUGGCAACAUCACGGAGUACCAGUGCCAUCAAUACAUCACAAAGAUGACCAGUAUUGUCUUCAGUGACUACCGACUCAUAUGUGGCUUCAUGGACAAGUGCAGAGAGGACAUCAAUACUCUGCACUGUGGAAGCAUCACUACUGGCGACAAAGACCUGCACUCUCAAGGUGAAGUCAUCGCAUGUCUGGAAAAGGCCUUGGUCAGGGAGGCGGAGCAGCAGGAACAGGCUCACCAAAUCAAAGAUGCCUGCAAGAAGGCCAUCAUGCGAGUGGCUGAGCUCUCCUCUGACGACUUCCACCUGGACCGCUACCUCUACUUUUCCUGUCGUAAUGACCGAGAACGCUUCUGUGAAAAUACCCAAGCUGGAGAAGGCAGGGUCUACAAAUGUCUCUUCAACCACAAAUUUGAGGAAGCAAUGUCUGAAAAGUGCAGAGACGCCCUGACCACAAGGCAAAAGCUGAUUGCUCAGGACUAUAAGGUCAGUUACUCACUGGCCAAAGCUUGCAAGGCUGACCUCCGUAAAUACCGCUGUAACCUGGACACCAACCUGCCCCGAGCAAGAGAAGCUAGGCUUUCAUACCUGCUCCUCUGCCUCGAGUCUGCAGUGCACAGAGGCCGCAUGGUGAGUGGGGAGUGUCAAGGGGAGAUGCUUGACUACAGGCGCAUGCUGAUGGAGGAUUUCUCCCUGAGCCCAGAGAUUGUGCUUCACUGUCGGGGAGAGAUCGAGUCUCACUGCUCUGGUCUGCACCGCAAGGGACGCACACUCCACUGCCUCAUGAGAGUGGGUCGGGGGGACAAGGGCACAAUUGACAGUCUCUGUCAAAAUGCUCUUCAAGCGCUCAUCCAGUCUGCAGACCCUGGGGCUGAUUACCGCAUUGAUCGUGCUCUCAAUGAAGCCUGUGAGUCUGUGAUCCAGACAGCCUGCAAACACAUCCGCAACGGAGACCCUAUGAUCCUCUCGUGCCUCAUGGAACACCUCUACACAGAGAAAAUGGUAGAAGACUGUGAGCACCGGCUGCUGGAGCUGCAGUAUUUUAUCUCCAGAGACUGGAAGCUGGAUCCUAUCUUGUAUCGAAAGUGCCAGAAUGAUGCUUCCCGGCUCUGCCACACACACGGCUGGAAUGAGACCAGCGAGUUGAUGCCUCCUGGUGCUGUGUUCUCCUGCCUCUAUCGCCAUGCCUACCGCACAGAGGAACAGGGCACACGACAUGAUCCAGAGCAGUAUCUUACAAGGGACUGCAAGGUUGAAGUCCAGCGGAUCCUGCACCAGAGAGCUCUGGAUGUGAAGCUGGACCCAGAACUCCAGAAACGCUGUAUGACUGACCUGGGCAAGUGGUGCAGUGAGAAGACAGAAACUGGCCAGGAGUUGGAGUGUCUGCAGGACCAUCUAGAGGACUUGGUACAAGACUGCAGAGAUGUGGUGGGCAACCUGACAGAGUUAGAGUCUGAGGACAUCCAGAUAGAAGCACUGUUGAUCCGAGCCUGUGAGCCAGUUAUCCAGUCCCACUGCCACGAUGUGGCUGAUAAUCAGAUAGACACGGGAGAUCUGAUGGAAUGCUUGGUGCAGAACAAACAUCAAAAAGAGAUGAAUGACAAGUGUGCUGUGGGAGUUACACACUUCCAGCUGAUUCAAAUGAAAGACUUUCGCUUCUCAUAUAAAUUCAAGAUGGCCUGCAAAGAGGACGUCCUCAAACUGUGCCCUAACAUAAAGAAGAAGGUGGAUGUGGUGAUCUGUUUGAGUACCACAGUAAGGAAUGACACUUUGCAGGAUGUGAAGGAGCAGCGUGUGUCCCUGAAGUGUCGCAAGCAGCUCCGAGUAGAAGAGCUGGAAAUGUCAGAGGACAUUCGUUUGGAGCCUGAGCUGCAUGACUUGUGCAAGAAAGACAUCAGCAGGUGGUGCUCUGCUGUUAUGUUUGGCAAUGCUCAGGUCAUUGAGUGUCUGAAGGAUAAUAAGCAGCACCUGACUCACCCAUGCCAUCAGAAGGUCUUUAAGCUACAGGAGACAGAGAUGAUGGACCCUGAGCUGGACUAUCAGCUAAUGAGAGUGUGCAAACAGAUGAUAAAGCGUUUUUGUGCCGAGUCUGAUGCCAAGAAUAUGCUGCACUGCCUGAAACAGAACAAGAACAGUGAACUGAUGGACCCCAAAUGCAAGCAGAUGAUCACCAAGAGACAGAUCACUCAGAGCACAGACUAUAGGCUUAAUCCAGUGCUACGGAAGGCCUGCAAAGCAGACAUUCCUAAAUUUUGUCAGAACAUUCUCAACAAGGCCAGUGAUGACCAUGAACUAGAGGGCCAGGUCAUAUCCUGCCUGAAGCUUAAAUACGCUGACCAGCGACUGUCUACGGACUGCGAGGACCAGAUCAGGGUGAUCCUUCAGGAAUCGGCCCUUGACUACAGGCUUGACCCUCAGCUUCAGGUUCACUGCUCUGCGGAGAUUACAAACUUGUGUGCUGAGGAAGCUGCUGCACAGGAGCAGACAGGCCAGGUGGAGGAGUGUCUGAAGAAUAACCUACUGAAGCUCAAAAAUGAGCCCUGCAAGAAGGAAGUUUUAAACAUGCUCAAAGAAAGCAAAGCAGACAUUUUUGUGGAUCCUGUGUUGCACACAGCCUGUGCCUUGGACCUGAAACACCACUGUGCAGCCAUCACCCCUGGUCGAGGCAGACAGAUGUCUUGUUUGAUAGAGGCUCUGCAGGAUAAACGAGUGAGACUGCAGCCAGAGUGUAAGAAAAGACUGCAAGACCGUAUAGAGAUGUGGGGCUAUGCAGCCAAGGUAGCUCCAGCUGAAGGCUUCGCAGACCUGGCUGUACAAGUGAUGACUUCACCUUCAAAGAAUUACAUUCUGUUAAUGAUCGCACUGGCUGUUUGUGUCCUUUUCCUAGUGGGCUUGCUCUGUGGCCGCAUAACUAAACGUGUGACCAGGGAACUGAAGGAUAGGUAGAGCAUGGACCUGGGCUGAUGCAUCGCAGACAUUCUAAGAAAGCCUAGACCCUCUUUCCAUCCAUCCACUGCUCUAACCCUGGCCCCAGUGCCCUCCCUGGUCAUAUCGGACUGUGGAUGCUAUAAGUAAAGUUCCGGUGGGCCAGUGCCAUGUUGGAACCUCAUUCCUCCACACCAUAUCCCCUGCCGAAAAUGUCCCAGAAUCCAAAUAGCAAAGACAAAGCUGAGUCCUGAGAGAGGCUCAGGAGCAUUCUGGGACAUUAAUCUCUUUUUUUUUUUGUUUUUCUUUUUUUCUAAUCUUAAUUGGUUUAUUGAUUUGCUUGUUUCAGCUGCUGUGCAAACCACACAUUUGCCAUUUUAGGUGAUCUGCUUUUGUGAAACACUUUCUUCACUUUCAUGGCAUAUCCAGACAGGUUUUUUUUCUGGACUUCAGUUAUAUUUGAGUUCUGAUAUAAUGCACAUAGGCAGGGGUUUAUUGUAAAGCACAGCCAUCCAGCACCACUCCAUAAAGUAUGGUUUACAUGGGUCAUCCCUACACAGUCUAUUCCAAAUCACUGAGGCUCAACACCACAGGGUGAUUUUAGAGAUGUGUCUCAGUAUUUUGUGUGUAAAUGGUAACUAAAAAGGGAAAAAUGUACAUUUGUAACAGUCAAAGUUGGCACUUAUAUUUCCUUUAACUUUUCACUAACUUUUUAACUGUAGUACAGAUUUGAACCAAGCCAAAUUGGUGAUCCAGACAAGUACCACCUUCAUGUAAAUGUUCUGUCAUGGACUGUUUGUUCCAUCUGUCAGCAGUGUCACUUUUUAACAAGAACCAUUGGUCUUGAGUACAGGUACAGUUAGAAGUAAAAUUUUGGGCACCCCUGUUAAAUAACAUGUUUUGUUGAUUUUCUAAGUUAAAAUAAGUCAUUACAUCCUCUAUAGAGAACAUGCUUCUACACAUUUUAAUGUACAAUUACUUUACUGAAUGUAACAUAGUGGGGGGAAAAACAAAAUGUGACCCAUGGAAAAGUUAUGGCACAUUUUAUUUUUCAUGUGUAAUUUCUUUUCAAAAUGUUGAAGCCUGCAAAUAAAUAGUGUUCAUUAACGUUUGCAGAAAAAUGCCUUAUUUUAGUUCCCUGUAGAGGUUGUUUUAUAUUCAAACUGGAGUGUCCAAACCUUUGCACACAACUGUAUUUAUUUGAGAAUAUGAAGUCUGUAAGAUCUGUAAUAAAUAGGGAAAUUUUGUGGUUUAGAAACUUUGUUUUGGCUCCUCAAUUUUGCUGCUUUACAGUACUAGUUAAACUUAGUCUAAAUCUAUUACAGUUAUUAAAUUAAUGGGAAUCAGAGAAAUAUCUAUCUAUCUGUCCUCUAUAUAUA